AGAAGAUGUUGCCCCCUUUCCCUUUCCUUUUCUUCCUAUAUAUCUUCCACCCAAUUUAUCCAUUCAUCAUCAUCAUCAUCAUCAUCAUCUACUACGCCUUUCAUUUCAAUCACGCCAAUGGAGACCAUCAAUCUUUGCUGCGAUCACAUUACCUCCCCCAUUUCUAAAGAGCUACAUGUUCUCGCCGUCGAUGACAGCAACAUCGAUCGGAAAGUCAUCGAGAGGCUGCUCAAGGUUUCAUCUUUCAAAGUUACUGUUGUUGAUAGUGGAAGCAGAGCUUUGCAAUAUCUAGGUUUAGAGGAAGACAACAAUUCUUCUCAGUUCGAUGAUUUGAAGGUAAACUUGAUAAUGACGGAUUAUUCCAUGCCUGGCAUGACAGGAUUUGAACUGCUUAAGAAGAUCAAGAAUUCUUCAACGUUGAAAGAGAUACCUGUAGUUAUUAUGUCCUCUGAGAACAUCCUAACACGCAUCGAUAGUUGUUUAGAAGAAGGGGCAGAAGACUAUCUACUAAAACCAGUAAAGCUAUCGGACGUUAGGCGUUUGAAAGAUUCGAUUUUGAAAAGCGAAGGGGCGGAAAUCAGACGUAUACAAUCUCACAAGAGAAAAAGAAACAACGAUCGGUUGCCGUCAUCCGUUGCCUGCCACGAUCUAUCCGUGCCUCCACCUUCGCCUCAACAACCCACGCCAAAGCUUGCUAGAUUGUAGAGCACAUAUUGGCCACAGAUUCUUUGGACUCGCCGGAUGCCGGUUUUUUUGACUAACAAGAGGAACCAAAAUCGGAAGGUUUUCCAACAUCCUGAAGAAACCCCAAACCAUUGUACAUGAUAAAUUAAAUAUUUUGACACCAUGAAACAAAGAGGGAUGUUGAUGUUGAUCUUCCACCCAACUUCUUUUGAUGAAUAUACACGAUGUUGUUGCCUGAUUCAAGGGCUUAGCUAUUAAUCUAUUGAUUCAGCUGAUUUGUUGUGAC